AAGUAUAAUAAUAUCAGUAAGUACGUCGUGACAUCAAAAACAAAUUUGUAGUUUUAGUGCAGUCAAGACUAAUUAAGAAACUAACGCUAAUAUGGUUGCCGAGGAAAAUAGUUUUGUGCUUUAUGGUCCAAAGACUGAUAUUCCCAUACCGGAAGGAUUAUUGGGAAACUUUAUGUACAACUCAUUACUAAACACGGAUGUCAAUCAUUAUUGUAUGGUAGACGUAUUUACUGGAGAAACGCGUACAUUCAGAAGACUACUGGAAGAUUCCUGCACGUUAGCACAAGCGCUACGUAAUUUUGGACUUAAACCCAACACAAUUGUUUCAAUAUGUAGUGAGAACAACGUGAGGUUCUAUGAAGCGGUUUUAGCUUCUCUGUACGUCGGAGCUACGAUAGCACCCAUUAAUCAUGUGUACACGGAAGAUGAGUUAAGACAUGCACUUACACUUUAUCAGCCAGAGAUUGUAUUUUGCUCGAAAACAACUAUUAACAAGUUUUUGAACUUUCAGAAGGAAUUUAGUUUUAUUAAAAAACUGAUUAUAAUUUAUGGUGAUGAAGCUUUUGGAAUAGAAAAUAUACAAUCAUUUACAAAACGACUUUUAAGAUCUGAAAUUGUUCGUCCAGAAGUGUUUAAGCCUUAUAAUGAAGAAGAUCCCGUGGAUCAUGUUGCUUUUAUAAUGAGUUCUUCUGGAACGACCGGUCUUCCUAAAGGAGUAAUGCUGACUGACCGAAAUUUCUUGGUUAGAGUUGCUCAAUCAAGGGACAAAGAUUUUAACAUAGGACCAAUUCAUGGUCAUGCCACCUUAGGACUAAUGCCCUUCUUCCACGGAUUUGGUCUAAAUGUUGGGAUAAAUGGACUUGCAAACAAAGAACAAUUAAUGGUUUUCAAACAUUUUGAUGAAGAUAUUUUUUUAAAGGCGGUGCAAGAUUAUAAAAUAAGCACUUUAUUGGUAGCGCCACCGUUAGCUGUCCUUCUAGCUAAAAGUCCGAAGGUCGAUAAGUAUGAUCUGAGAAGUGUUAAGGAAAUAAUAAGUGGGGCAGCUCCAAUGUCCAAGGAAACAGAAGGUGCAUUACGUAAUAGAUUACAAAACUUAAAUUCCGUGCGACAAGCUUACGGCCUAACCGAAGCAACUUUAGCCGUGACUGCCGGAAGAAGAUUUGACAAAGUAAAACCUGGUUGUAGUGGAUGUGUAAUUACGUAUAUGGCCAUAACAAUUAGGGAUCCCGAAUCCGGUAAAUCUUUAGGACCUAAUCAAGUUGGCGAAGUUUGUAUAAAGGGCCCAAUGGUAAUGAAAGGGUAUUACAGAAAUCCCGAAGCCACUAGACAGACAUUCACUUCUGAUGGGUGGUUGAAAUCUGGCGAUUUGGGAUAUUAUGAUGAGGAGAAAUAUGUUUUUAUUGUGGAUAGAUUAAAAGAAUUGAUCAAAUAUAAAGGAUUUCAGGUAGCUCCAGCAGAACUAGAAGCUGUGAUAUUAAAUCAUCCGAAAGUUUUAGACGUAGGAGUAGUGGGAGUUCCAGACGAACUCGCAGGUGAACUCCCGCUCGCGUUUGUUGUUAAAAGACCUGGCGUAGAGUUAACAGAGAAAGAACUACAAACAUUUGUUUCUAAAAAAGUUUCACCUCAAAAAAGACUACGUGGGGGAAUAAUUUUCAUAGAUGCUAUACCCAAGAAUCCAAGUGGUAAAAUUUUAAGAAGAGAAUUGAGAAAACUGGUAUCCAAACACAAAGUCCACCGUGAAUCCAAAUUGUAAUAAUUAUUUUAGAACUAAAUUUUGUACUUUUAAUGAGAUGGUUUUUUAAUAAAAUUGUAAAAAACUU